AUGAAUCUGCCUGAGUAUUUUGCUACUUUACAGCGCCAUCUCUUCCCUCUUCUAGCGGUCUUCUUACUGCCUGCCGGAAUUUACUAUCUGAGCUUGAGCAAGAAAGAGAGCCCCCUGGCACCCGUUUUGAAUACGCCGGUGGAUGAGUCCAAAGAUGGGAAGAAACCAAGGUCAAAAGUCACACACCUCAAACCCACAGAAUGGUAUCGAAACAUGUACUUUCAGCUUCAGAAUCUGGAAGAUCACCCCGAAGCGCUGGAACCAGCCCGAGAGGAACUCUUAGCCAUGUUCUCUCACGGACUUUCAAUUGCGCUCAGGCAGCCCAAGUGUAGUAGUAGCACCAACAUCCUCCGGGUCGGGGAUUACAGUCUUGAGAGCUUCUCCGGCUUCCUCAAGGACGUACAUGAAAAGACUCAGUCGGAAUGGGCCCGUUAUCUGGAGCGACGAAAGCAGGGCCAAGGUCCCGAAUUGUUCGCAACGGCUGAAGCGGCCAAAGCCUGGCUGGUCCAGCAGGCUCCCAUCAAGUUUGUGGACGGCGCAUGGCUUGGACACGUCCACAAAAUCACCACCCCAUUUGCCCUCCGUAGCAUCACCAGACCGGUGUGGCAGGUUUUGUCGGAAGAGCUCGGCGAUGGCGAUCUGUGCAAACAUCACGUCAAUCUCUACCGCAAGCUUCUGGAUGACAUUGGAUGUUCCCUCCCCCAUGGCCACAGUGCCGAUUUCAUUCAUCUCCGCGAGUGGGAUCAUAUCGAGAACCGUGGCACCUGGGAAGCCGCCGUGGGCCAGCUCGUCAUCUCGCUCUUCCCCAAUGAGUUCCUCCCUGAAAUCCUCGGGUUUAAUAUGCACUUUGAGACAGUUACCCUCGAAACGAUGCAGGUGGCACAUGAGCUUAAGGGCUUUGGCAUUAACCCUUACUACUUUCUCAUUCACAUGACCAUAGAUAAUGCCGAUUCUGGCCACACGGCCAUGGCCGCUCACGCUGUUCUGCGCUAUCUGGAAGUGGUGCGAGCAACGGAAGGCACGUCGGCGAUGCAGCAGGCCUGGAAACGUGUUCAGGUCGGAUAUAUCUUGUCGCAGACCCUAGGUCAUUACUCUUCUCCAGGGUCGGCCAGGUUGGGUCUGUCGAGCCCAGACGUGCUGCUAGGACCACUAAGCACGCGAGUGAUAAACAUCUUUAGAUCCAAGGCUUUGGUAUCGCAGCGCAUUCAUUCUCAGAGCAGGGUGCAUAUAGGACCCUAUACCUUGUCUGAAUGGCUCGACACGAGCAUGUGGAAGCAUUCCGAUGGGCUGCAUCAGCUGGAUCUCUUGACUGCCUUGAGCCAAGCCAAGCCAUGGGUGUUUGCCGGGGAAAGCAGCAAGAGCACACUUUUACGGGAGCUGUCGUGGGGGGGCCGCAUGUUUGGCGCGUUCACCGACAACGAGGUUACUACGGUUCGCGGGUGGAUCGAUGCACUGAGGCCACGACAUGAACCCUUGUUAUAUUGGACGUUUACCCAGAGACAGCCUGUGCCGUCUCAAGAAGCCGUCGCGGAGCUCCGAGAUCCAGUUCGCCACCAUCCAUUCGUACUUCCCAAUAAUGAAGCCAGACCACUUCAGACGGUGGAUUCGUGCACGACAACAACAGCAAUAUGCCAGGGGCUUGGUUUUGUUAGUGGGGGAAGGCCGUGGACGGAACAGCCAACGUUAACCAUAUCCUCGAUGGCUCGACUCCCUGACGUCAUUGCCCUUUGGUUUGCUCACAUCAGUCUUCUCGAGAACACAAUCAACACGCCUUCCCGAACCGUAUGUCCCCUCCAUUCCAGUAUCCUGCGCCUCCUGCGCGCGCAAGCGGGAUUUGGUAUCGAAUCCGAUAUCGUCGCGGGCAUGGACGAGCUGAGGCGGGACUCCUGCACCAGUCUGGUAGACAUUGGCCUAGAGCUGACCCAGCACCUUGGCCGGGGUACUAUUGGUGCAAAACCGUUAUCUUUGCACGAUGUUUUCAUGCUAGCGGCUAAGCACGGUCAGGGUGAGGAGAGUGCUAAAUUGGCCCACGACAUGCUGCGGUGGAGUGCGCGGCCCACGGCGAAUCUCGGCUUGCUCCUCGGCUUAGCGACGGCCUUCCUGGAGUUUAAGCAUGCCAUUCGCAGAUUCCCCAAUCUCUUGAGUCGGGAGAGUGGCCUCUUGUUGGAGGCGCUUGUGGCAAGGGAAGCGGCGAGCCUAGAGGAUUGUACUCGGGAGCUACAGAAUACAGAUGAUACGCGGUACAAAGAUUUGCUGCGGGGGUAUCACCUUGCCAUGAUCACUUUGCCAAACUGUAUAUAG